AGGCCCGAGGCACCCCAAUCAAUCCGCAAUUUAUUUGAUACUUUGUUUAUAGAAUUAGAAAGGAGGGAAUUACAAUAGGCCCCACUCGUCGUACACGAUCACAUUCACACCCCCACCUGCAUCUGAGCGAUUCUGUUCGCAACGGUCUUGCACUCGCAAAAAAACCUAUCCAAAACCGCAUUGGAUUCAUACCUAGAGAGCCACAUCGACUACACUGCCGGUUGUGCCAGUUGUACCCAGCGAGGCAGCAUCCUGAUGUUGUCGUUGAAGAUGCAUCAGCCACCCGCAACCCGCGUGGACGGGGUUUCUGCGAGUGGAUAGUAGAUCGGACACAGAACAACGCAGAGGAGAAUGGCAGAUAGCACCAUCGGAAGCGGGACCGGGGGCGGGCCACCGAGGCCUGACCCAUUGGAAAUGAGCUUCACCCAGCAGGGACUCGGGCCGAUCGGGUUGGGCGAUACACAAGGCUACUCCGCGAAAGUGUCACCCGGGGAAACAUUGAAGACGCUCGACGAGACGGAUAAGGUACUUCUAGCCGAAGAUUGUCUCUGCCUUGAGUUUGUACCAAUACGUUGUUGAAAUGAGUCAAGAACAACAGGUGCGGCACAGGCUGUUGUCCUUCUUGAAAGUAAUUACUCACAUGAUAAUUGAUCACUGACACUUAUUCAUUUUUCAACUCCACCAUAGUCGCCAGCGAAUCGCGGGACUGUGUUGGCGGUUGCUGCAUUAGGGAAGCUGGCGCACCGAGCGAAGGAGAAUAUAGAGGAGCAGCGAAUCCACGGGCGGUACAAGGUGAAGCUCUGGCAGUUCCAGGAAUUUCUGAUGCAAGAAAAAGGGCUUCGGGUAGCCUGCAGCACACUUCCGUUCACAAUUGUCCUGUGGUAUCCAGGUGGACAGCGGUAGCGAGCUGAGGUAGGGGGUUGCAGCGCUAUGUCAGCGAAAGCACUGACGAACUUGAAAUGACAAAAUAAGAAGACCAGUACAGCACAACACGUAAACUCCAUUGCGGUCGUGAAAAAACGACCAAAAUUCUUUCCCUACACCAUAUUCGCUGCACAAUUUUCCUUUCCAUAACCUGAUCGUGUUUUUUUGGCUGAGUUCGGUCCACACGGACGUCCACGCGAGUUACCAGACCCGACUGGCUAUCACCAGCGAAUUCAACACGCGAAACGUAUCGCGAGUAGCGGUCAGCCAGUUCGGAGAGGAUCCAGGGCGCAACUUCCGAGAAUUCAAUCUGAAAACGCUAAACGACGCGACGGAGGUGAAUUUGUGGCUGAAAUUCGUUGCCGCCCCGAUUAUCAGCCAGGAUACCACGGGCGGGAUCGUCUCCUCCUACAACAAGCUCGCCGGCGGAAUCCGCAUCGUGCAGCGCCGCGCGAAGUCGGCCGAGUGCGACGUCCCCGACGACGUGGCCCAGCACCUGCUGACGGGCGUGACCUGCCACGCCGCGAUUGAAAGCGACGACGAUUACUCCACGGGCGUGCCAAAGCUCGCCCCCGACGGCAAAGAGCGCUAUGACAAAGCCUUCAUCGGCGGCAGCAUGCUGCGAGAGGAGCCCAAGCACCGCUUCGUCGCCUGGCUGAUGAGCGACCGAAUUCUCUCUGAGAACAUGCGCCGGGUAGAUAGCCUGAUCAACGGCUUUUGGCUCGACGACGACUCACUGGACGUUGCGGUGCAGGGGGUGUUUUACAACGGAAAUACGCAAAUGUACUUUUUACUUCCUUGUUUUGCUUCUUUUUCAUUAAGACAAGUCACGGACUGCACGUCGGAUGCGAGGAUCAUGCACAUCAAUUUUCUUGCUCUUGCAUGAGGUGAUGAUUUGUAUGAUCCUUACCUUACGAUGACCUGGUGCUAGCGUCGACCGAGGUCCGAGUUGAAAAAGAACGAUGCUUUUUUCAGGUAUGCGUUUAUGAAUCUGGAGAUCGAGUUUACGAAGGCAGGCAACUUGGAGAUUGUGAACGACGUGCGGACGGUGAAGAGCGAUUUGUACCCGUCCAGCAUGGAAGUGCUCCCGGAUGCCGUCUUCUUAAUGCUGUUCGUGAUUCUGCUCACGCAGGAGAUCCGGCAGAUCCGCGAGGAUAGCCAGGAGGGUUUUUUGAAGGAAUACCUGCUGGACUACUGGAACUGGCUCGACUGGCUGGUCAUCUUCACCUCUGCCGCCAUCCUGAUCAGCUACUGGUUCACCUACAUCUGGCUCCUCAACCUGGAGUCCAUGAUCAAGGAUUUGGGCACCGCGCCGGCGCAGAUCCCGUCCGACGCCAUCGAUGACAACGUGUACAAUGUGGUGCUCUGGGAAAACCUGACCUACCAGGAGAAGGUCCGCGACAUUAUCGACUGGCUCGAGGGCCUGAUCGACUUCAAGGUGUGGGCGGACCUCUCGCUCUUCUGGUUCAACAUCCUCAACAUGCUCCGCUUCUUCAAGGGUUUCCGCGGCCAGCCACGCAUCGCAGUCCUGCUCGAAACCUUCAACAACGCCAGCAUCGUAAGUGAUCAUAGCCUGGUGUUCUAGCUGUAGCUAUUUCUCUACUUCGACGCACAGUGUAGUUGAUAGAGCAGAUGAGAUCGGCGAUGGAAUUCAGAUUCGAUAUUGCUUGGCGAUGCACCAAAAAAAAAUUAUCACAGGACUUCGCGCAUUUCCUGACAAUAUUCCUGGUGGUUUUUUUGAAUUAUGCGAUCGCCGGUUACGUUUUGUACGGGGUGUACAUUUCCGACUUCUCCACAUUUUCCCGGUCCAUCGAAGCCUUGUUCGGUACGAUGGCUCCUUCUCUGUUUCAAUGUUGAAAGAAUGAAUGUCGAAUCAUUGUUGAGUACGCCGGAUGAUGGAACACGACGCACUGCGAAUGCGAGGUGUGAGCCUGAGCACACCUUGUUUUUAGGUUCUACAGAAAGACUGAACCUGAAAUACACACAACCUCCAUACAGCAAUGCUCUUCGGCGAGAUGAAGUUCAACGAAAUGUACGAUAUUUCGCCGGGCCUCAGUGUGGUUUUUUUCUGGUCGUUCAUGGUCGCGCUGCCUUUCUUGCUUCUCAACAUGCUGCUGUCGCUGGUAAUCGAAAAUUUUCUCUACGUCAAGAGAGUAUGCGGUGAUGGAGGAAAAGGCGUCUUCGCGCAGGUAUGUUGUCUUCAUCAGUUUUACUCGACCAGUUUUUUCCAUGCAGUCAAGAUGAUCGCGGAUGAAGAUAAACAAAACAAAAUCGAAUUUCAUUGAUUCCGAACAGAUGUGGGAGUACGUUGACAACAUGCGAUGGCAGUACAGCUACGAGGGCGCAAAAAAGAGUGCACCGAUAGACACGCUCUUGGUGAAAACCGUGCUGGCGCAAAAUCCGGAUGACGUCAAGAACGCUAUGGCGGUAUUUUGGCACCUUCGACUGUGUUUUUCAUCGGGCUUCAUCAAUGAUGCCUUUUUCGAUUGCAAUGACUGAUAGAUCAGGCAGAAAUUCGCGCGACAGUACGGGUCAGAGCAUGGUUGUGUUUGAAUUGGAUUUGUGCGAACAAAAAUAUAACGCAGUGUCGCGACCGUGGGUUAUGGGGAUUCAAGAUCGAUCGAUACCACAACAUCAACAAAUCUCUCCUCGCGGAACGCGAAGUCACCGUCGACUAUCUCGUAGCAAACGGGUGCGACGAGUUGAACGCGCAUAGGCUCCUGAAGAGAUGCCGGGAACAGUUGCUGAGCGAGCGACAAGUCUUCAGCGAAUAUGAGUACUUGGUGAAGACGCUAGAAAACGAAUUCACCCGCGUGCAGCUGCGGAUGAACCGGGUGAAAGCAACUUUUGUGCAGAUGGAGACAGACGCAUUGAAUCUGCUCGAAGUCGCGUUCGAGAAAAUGCAGAAGUGUUCGCACUGGCUCCGCUCGAUUCGCCUGCAGCAAGACCUGCCCGAGGGUUGGUUUGAGAAGUACGACGCCUCAAGCGACAAGGUUUACUUCCAGCACGCAGUCACGGGGCGGGUUGUCUGGGCGCUGCCCAAGGACGCACUCAAGCAGAGGAAGGAGAAGCGGACUUUCCGUUCGGUGGUCAAGAGAAUAACGGCGGGGGCGUUUGCAAAGCGCGGGGACUUGGGAAAAGCGGCGCUGGCGUUACACGACGCGCAGGAGAUGGAGGAGGCUCGGGCCCUGGAAGACGAAGAGAAAAUUAUGGCGGGCGGAUCGCUGAAGCCGAGCGCUCGGUCGCCGGGUAGCCAGGGAGGCGCAAGUCCCGGAGCAGACGGGGGCACAAGCAAAGAGCAGUCUCCUUCACACGGGGGCGGAGAGCCACCACCGCCGGAGGACGGAGGAGGGACGUGA